UGACGGAUGUUAAAAAUAUGUAUAAAACGUGGUCGAAAAUUCUAUGUGGUAAAGAAUGUUAAACUUAUAGUAAUUAUUUCAGUGAAUAUGCCAAAAUCCAAAAGAAAUAAGCUAGUGUCCCUCACACAAACCAAGAAAAAAGGGUUGGAAUUAAAAUCAUCUUUAAUUAAAGAGGUUCAGGAAUGUGUUGACAAAUAUGCACGCAUAUUUGUUUUUUCAGUUGAAAAUAUGAGAAACUCAAAACUGAAAGAUGUACGAAAUGAGUGGAAGCACAGUAGGUUUUUCUUUGGUAAGAAUAAAGUAAUGAUUGUAGCACUUGGAAAGGAUAAACAAGAUGAAUACAAAGACAAUAUAUCUCAAGUGAGCAAGUGUUUGAAAGGUCAGCGUGGUCUUUUAUUUACAAACAAAACAAAAGAUGAAGUAUUGAAAUGGUUUUCUGAGUUUAAAGAGCUUGAUUAUGCAAGAUCAGGGAAUAUUGCUACACAUGCUUUGAAAUUGAAUGCAGGACAUCUAGAUCAAUUCACUCACUCAAUGGAACCAAAUUUACGACAGCUGGGUCUUCCAACAUCGCUGCAAAAGGGUAAAGUCGUUCUUCUUCAAGAUCACGAAGUUUGCAGAGGAAAUACCUUGACGCCCGAACAAGCUAGAAUACUUAAACUAAUGGGAAAUCCAAUGGCGGAGUUUUAUGUCAGUUUGGUUUGUGUUUGGUCAAACGAUGGUACAUUUGAAAAACUUCUGUAGCGUUAUUGCUGUACCAUGGUACUGGCAUUUCUUACUUAAAUGUGGACGAUUGUGUUACCUGAAGGAUCUGUUCACUUUUUUUCUUUGCUGCAAUAAUACAUCAUCCUUUAUAUAUGGCAUACUGACGCAAACCUUGGAAAGAAAUUGACAAGAAAGUUCAUUAGCAGUUGCAAAUCUUCAACAGAUUUCUUUUGACACAAGAACAUUCACACAUUAGUUCAAUGUAACUUGUUGAAUUUCAAUUCUGAUAAACACAUUUAUUUCCACAGUGACCUUGUGCUGCAUUAAACAAAACUAUAAAUCGAUAA